CUUCCUUGGUUCCCGAAUUUGUGCUUGAGAUUAGAGCAAAUCCGUCAUUUCAUCUAGUCUUCCUGCGGCAACUGCAGACGCCGGAGGGUGAUAAUGGCCACAGUCGCCACCACCGCUACAUCGUCAGCUCCGCCGCCACAAGCCCUAAAAUUGGAGUCCCUUCCUCGAAUAGACACCACCACCCUUUCCCAGUCUGAGCUCCAUGCGCUCUCUCUCUGCUCACUCUCCGCCUUCGACCUCCGUUCUACCAGCAACCUCGUUUUCCCCAAUGUCGACCGUUCACUCUUCAAUGAGAGCGCCGGGUCUCGCCGCCAGACCUACUCCCGACCACGCAAACCCCUUUCCCCUUCCGACUCCCCCACCGGCCACCGUCGACGCGUCGCUGGUCUUCUUCCAACCCCAAAGCUCCCGCCUGUCCCCGAUGACGACCCGGAAAACCUAGAGAAACGCAAGAUUAUAGAUUAUUUGAAGCAAAUGAUAAGGGAAGACCCUAAAUUCGAUCAAGUUGAGCUGGCCCCGCCUUCUGUUACCCACGAAGUUGUGCCGAAUCCUGAGUUAAGGGUCGGGAUGGUGGAGAGCGAGGAUAUGGGGCUCGUGAGGAAAAGGAAGAGGGGGAGGAAGCCCAAAGUGAAGGUGCAUUUGAAGGAGUGCUAUAGAGAGAUGGAUAUUGUGAAUAAGGGUGGUGUCGCGAUUGAUCUUUCUGCUUUGGCGAAUACGGAGGAUCCAUUUUCUGAGGAGUUGAGGAGAAGGACUGAGGGGUUGCAGAGUGAAGAAGAGCUAUUGGGGUUUUUGAGGGAUUUAGGGGGACAAUGGGGUAGUAGGAGGAAGAAGAGGAAGAUUGUGGAAGCCGAAGACUUCGGUGAUGUACUGCCGGUUGGUUGGAAGCUUCUACUGGGUUUGAAGAGAAAAGAUGGUCGCGCGUGGAUUUAUUGCCGCAGAUACAUCAGUCCUAGCGGAGAACAAUUUGUAUCUUGCAAAGAAGUUUCUUCAUAUCUUCAGUCCCUUUUUGGUCACAAUGAUGCCCAGUUACCAAUCAGCCGUAGAGGUGAAAAUAUGCUGAUGGACCAUGGGGUGACUACUAAAAGUUUUGCAGGUGUUACCCAUGAGGAGCAGGAUAAAAGGAUGAUCAUUGCAAAUGACUCAGCUCUACUCAGUUCUUCUGAAUGUAAUGAACGAUUGAAAGAAGUGGCCUUAGUGGGAAUUGAGAAUCUUGCAGACGUGCAAAUACAUGACCUGUUUGAAUGUCACAAAUGUAGCAUGACAUUUGAUGAGAAGGAUUCAUACUUGCAGCACCUUUUGUCUUUUCACCAAAGGACAACCAGGCGAUAUCGGCUUGGUUCUUCUGUUGGAGAUGGAGUUAUAAUCAAAGAUGGAAAAUUUGAGUGCCAGUUCUGCCAUAAGGUGUUUCUUGAAAGACGUCGCUACAAUGGACAUGUGGGGAUCCAUGUCAGGAACUAUGUGAGGAAAGUUGAAGAGUCACCAGGUCAGGUAAAUGUUCAAAGGAGAGAUAAGUCUCCAAUCAAGGAGGAUUUGCCUUCAAGGAUCUCUAAGAUGGAUGCGCUAAUUGAAAUUGCUCAGAACUCUAUUAUGGAGACUUCUGCAAUCGAACCCCUUGGUAAUCAUGCUUCCUCUCCUGAUAAACUGAAUGGAAUUACUACUACAGAAAUUGCUGUUGGUAACUUAGAUCAUGACAAAAUUGUUGAGUCUCCUCUCAGCGAACACCAAAUGGAAGAUAGCAUCAAUGACAAAAAUGUGGAUCGCAACUUGAAUCACCAAGGUUGUAAACUUGCAGUCAUGAAUGAAGAAGUAGAGAAAACUGAUGGUGAUGACGAAGUUAUAGAUUCUAAGAUGGAGACCUGUGAGGAUCCCAUUGGUUUGUCAACUGUAAAUGAGCAAAAUGUUGAUGCACUUGAGAAUUCAAAGACAAAAGAUGAUGUAGUGUUGACUUUUGAUGGUUUGGAUCAGUCGUGUGUUGAUUUAGAAGGAGUUUCACAAAGCCCUCUACUUCCUUUAUCUGGCAAUGGUAUAACCCAUGAAGUUGAAAACAAUCGAAAUUCUGGUGGCACUAUUACUGUGGAGCAACUUAACCACGAUGUAGAUGGUAGAAGUAAGAAUGAGUUCAAAGUUGACUUAGAUGGCACAAAAGACGUAUCUGUUAUGCCUAAAACCCAAGAGACAACAUUGGCAACUUCUGAAGAGAAUACAGUGUCAUCUGAGGUUCCAACCCCAUCUACGUCCGUGAUACAAUCUUUGGAUUGCUUAUCCCAUCUCACUGGACUCUCAGAUAAGGGGGAAAACCAAUAUUGCAGUGUUGACCACGAACAUGAUGACGUGAAUGGGUCCCAAGAAUUGAGGUUUGAUGAAACAGAAACUUCAAAGUGUGAUUUUGCAAAUAGUCAGCCUUCUCUUUCUCUGCCUCAGGUGCCAACGGUUUUGGCAAACAGCACACCGAUGGAAGAAGGGGCUUGUGCUUCCCCAGUACAGGUUGAAUCUCAAGAAACAGGAAGACCUCAGAUUACAACAUCGUGCGUAUGGUGUGGUAUAGAGUUUGGUUAUGAUGCUGUUGAUUCUGAAAUACAGCCAGAUUCUGUUGGAUUCAUGUGCCUGGCUUGUAAGGCCAAAAUAUCUGGUCAAAUCGAUGUGUUGGACCGUAGAUCACCCUUGAACUCUGACCAUAUUUGAUUCGGAUAUUUUUAUUCUAUGUACAGAGAUAUUUUAUAGGCAAGUAAUUACUGUGACUCUCUCUCUAUAUGCUCCUCCCUCUGAUCCUAUUUAUAAGGAUCUGCUUACUGCUUUAUGUUAGCUAUUAUUUAUAUUACUUUUCUCUUCCCCAGAUCCUAAACCUUCACCUUCUCAACCAAACAAAAAUGUUGUUGGUCUGUGAGUUCAUAAUCCUAACCUAUUAUGAAUAACGGAUGCAUGAGAAAGCUUCAGUUUGGUUUAUGAUCAAAGCUUCAAGAUUCCAAAGAAUUGCUUUUAGGGGUCUAAUUUAGAAUUUGUUGUAACAUAUAAAUAUGGUCAUUCUAUAACUUUCACAAGUAAUUCUGAUAUGCUUCUCAAUUUCAUGCAAUAAUCUACGACUUUGGGCAAGAUUUGUUA